AUGACAGACACGUCUCCCGCUACAUCGGCGCCUCCUGCUGCUGCUGCUGCCACCACUUCACCAGCGACGGCUCCUAAUCAACAGCAAUUUCAGAAUGCGACCCAACCUGCAGAGGCUGCAUCGACACAGUCGCCAAACGCGUCUACAGCUCCAGUUGCGAAUGGUCAAUCGCAAGCACCGGCACAGGCCCAGAUUCAAACUCAGGCUCAGGCUCAGGCUCAGGCUCAAGCUCAAGCAGCCCAGGCCCAGGCCCAGGCUGCUGCUGCUGUAGCGGUCGUCGGUAAUCAGAACAAUACUAAUGGCAAUGCCGGUAUUGAGGACUUUCCCUGUAUGUGGCAGGCAUGUACUGAACGCUGCCCGAAUCCAGAGGCGCUCUAUGAGCACGUCUGUGAGAAGCAUGUUGGUCGCAAGUCCACCAACAAUCUCAAUCUGACUUGCCAAUGGGGCAACUGCCGUACCACCACGGUCAAAAGAGACCAUAUCACUUCACACAUUCGAGUGCAUGUGCCCUUGAAACCUCACAAGUGUGAUCUCUGUGGCAAAGCAUUCAAGCGGCCUCAGGACUUGAAGAAGCAUGUCAAAACACAUGCCGAUGAUUCGGUCUUGAUCCGGUCUCCAGGCCCUCCAGACGUGAGAGGCCAGGAAAUACCUUACGGUAUGAUUAACAACCCAAAAGGGUUUCCCGCGGGAGCUCAUUACUUUGAACAACCAAUGAAUCCAGUGCACGCUGGCCAGGGCUACCACGCACAAGCUCAGUAUUACCAGGGGCAGCCACACCCGCAACCCCCUAAUCCAGGCUACGGCAAUGUCUAUUAUGCUCUAAACACAGGCGACAGCCACCCUGCAUAUGAUUCUCGAAAGCGCAUCUUUGACUCUGUCAAUGCUUUCUUUGGAGAAACUAAACGCCGCCAGUUUGAUCCCACGUCGUAUGCUGCCAUCGGACAGCGUCUUGGCGGUCUCCAAGGCUUGCAAUUACCUCUUACUGCUGGCUCAGCACCGGAUUAUCACGGCAUGGGUGGCGGCAUUCCCGUAGGCCCAGGUGGUGGCUACGGGCCAGCCUUGGCGGCCCCAGCUUAUCACUUGCCUCCAAUGACCAAUGCCCGCACGAAGAACGAUCUGCUUGAUCUUGACCGCAUGCUUGAGACUAUUCAUACAACCGUCUACGAAAGUGACGAUCAUGUGGCUGCUGCUGGUAUCGCUCAACCGGGGGCCACGUACAUACCUCGAAUGAGCCACGGUGGUACUACACACCAGUCACCACCUAUUUCGCUCCCUUCUAGCCAUGCUGUAGCGACAACCAGCAACAUGUCAAAUGCUUCUUCUAUUGUCGCUGCAACCUCGCCUGGCUCGACGCCAGCUUUGACCCCUCCUUCAAGUGCGGUAUCGUACGUGUCUAGCCACUCCCCUGGUUCUUACACGCACCGUGUGUCUCCUCCACACGAUCAGGACAUGGCCAUGUACCCUCGCCUGCCAUCUACCACGGCUCAUGAGAUGGCUGGUGGCUAUACGGCGUCGACCAAUGCUCCACCAUCGACGCUCAGCAACAGCUUUGACUAUAGUGAUCGUCGGCGAUGGACCGGAGGUGUUUUGGAAAGAAGCCGCCCGGAUGAUUAUGCCAAGUCGGCUAUUGACGAGAUGAUGGAAGACGGCGAGCGAACACCCACUCGCAAGGAUCCUCUUGGCAAUGCGACUCGUGAUAGCGAUGAUAAGUUCCACCAUAGUCUGAUUGACCCAGCGCUGCAACAAGAGAUCUCUCCCUCAUCGUCAGCUGAUCCUGAUGCUGAUGCUGAAGCGGCUAAGCGCGCUGCACAGGCCGCCACUGAGGUAACCCAAAGGAGCGAGGAGGAGUGGCUAGAGAACGUCCGCAUUCUCGAGCAAUUGCGUGCUUAUGUCAAAGAGCGACUUGCUCGUGGGGACUAUGAAGAGGAAGACGAGGACGAGCAAAGGAGUGACAACGCAGCUACCCCAACUGGAGCGGCUGGAAGCCCUGCAGAAGACCAUAUGGAAGGCGUUGAGCAGACGGAACGUAGUCGGUCGACGGAAGAAAUACAUAAAUCGGAAGAAUCCAACCCACUUCCCAGCCUGGAAGAACUAACGACGUCAUCAUCAUCAUCAUCACCACCGACGACGACGACGACGACGUCGUCGUCGCAAGGCUUAUAUCCUAUAUUGAAGGGGGUGGAGGACUAUGCCGAGAGUACGAAAAUGGAGUAGCUUCAGUCUUAUUUACCGUUUGGGGCUCUUGAACUUUUCCUUUAUUAUGGUUACUCUAUAUAUCAGCAGGAACUAUAUUCUGAGUUUAUGUUUUAUAGUUUGUUGUAUUGUUAGGACUAUAUCCGUGCAUUUUGGUGAUUCUUCAUUCUCGUCCUUGUUAACGCUGUAUGAUUGCGGUGUUGGAUCGAUCGUGUAACCGAAUCUAGCAAUGAAUCGAAGAAUGUCCCCGUAUGGCUGGUAAAUUGUAAGUGUUAGGGAGGUAGCAUUUCACUGUUUUCGAUCGACAAAGUAAGUGCUGGUAAUCUCGAGGUCAAAUGCAUGUCAUGUCGAUAAGGGCCGCGAUAGGCUUAGCCGAGAUCGAUCUGUAUUAUUGAUCUAGAUACGUGCACGAUCCACUCGGCAACAAAUAAAUA